CACGCCGCAGCACUGUUGUGUCUGCAGUUCGAAUUAACCGUAAGCUGAAACAUAGUGAGGAUAUGAAUCGGUUUCUAACUCCGUGUGUCCUCCUCGUGUAACCGGGUGAGCUCGCCGGUUAUUCGGUUAACCUCGGCGAACAUUAGUCGGCGUUAAAGCGGGUAAACUGUGUUUAAAUGAAAGCGUUGUUUGGAGCCGCUGAACAAAGAGCCUGUCUUCCCUCUACCAUUGUUACCGAGCUGAGCGCCUGUUUUCUAACUUAUUCAGAGGGGGUUUCGGACCGUAAAAGUGAGGGGUGGCCCGUGCUCCAGUCAUGACCUCUGGGAAUGGGACCACUAAUGGCAGCCAGCACAAUGGGGAGAGCAAACCCGCCCAGGCGUUAGACAAGACCCAUGUCCUCACCCACCUGAUCGAAGGCUUUGUGAUCCAGGAGGGUGCUGAACCUUUCCCUGUGGAGCGUCCGUCUUUCUCCAUCGAGUGCUACAGGAGACACACAGACUCAAAGAUGGACAGCAUCUUCCCAAAGGAGCUGAAGGCCCAGCAGGAGCCCUUGCUGACCUGCGAGCUGUGCGGCAGAGUCGACUUCGCCCACGUCUUCAAAAGAUCCAAGAGGUUCUGUUCUAGGAAGUGCGCCAAACGCUACAAUGUGGGCUGCACAAAGAGGAUGGGUCUCUUUCCAAACCGUCAAAGUAUGCUGGAGAACAUGAAGAAACCGAGAAUGCUGAACGGAAACCACAAAAUCUGCAGUUUAGACUCGAAAAAGAAGACUGCUCUCUCUGUGCAGAAACCGUCUCCUCCUCCUCCUCCUCCUCCUGCUGCUGCUCUGUCCCCGGGUCACUUGGUCCAUCCUGCACAGGGGGAGUCCAGCCUGUGUUCGGACUUGUCAGGCUACAAAAGACCCCUGUCCCCCCCGUCGCCCACCCAGCGGGUUCCUGCUGUGCAAGGCUCUGAUCUGCCCUCGCUGCCCCACAGCUUCCUGCCCAGCGACCCCGGCCAGUGGAACAUAGAGGACGUCUACGAGUUCAUCUCCUCUCUGCCAGGUUGUCUGGAGAUCGCAGAAGAGUUCCGUUCUCAGGAGAUCGACGGUCAGGCUCUGAUGCUGCUGAAGGAGGAUCAUCUGAUGGCAACCAUGAACAUCAAACUGGGACCUGCGCUCAAGAUCUUCGCCCAAAUCAGCAUGCUCAAAGACUCGUAGCCCCUCCACCUUUCUCCCCUAACACACACACACGUGCACCCUUACUGGACAAACAGGAUUUGCUCAGGAUCCCAAACUACCAUAAAGUUCGUUUGCUGGAUGUUGUCACGGCCUGCUGAACACAGACUCAUCUCAGACUGUUUGAUCUCUUCACUGUGGAGCCUCAGAGGUACAGAGGAACUACCUGUUAGGUAGGCUGUGUUGUGAUCACAUUUGUUUUAAUAAUGUUUGACUGUACCUUUAAGUUCCUCCAGGAGAGGUGUGUGGUUAGCGUUUAAUUUGUUCUCAUUACUCACCCUGUUUAAUAAGAAGAGAGUUUUCUCUGAGCAUCCUGUGCAGAGAGAAAUAUCCCUUAUCCCAAACUUGUACUACCUAUCCUGGUCCUGCACUGUUUUCUCUGCACGGAGCGUUCCAACACAUUCACCACAGGGUCAAAGUCCUCCUCGUCUAAAGGAUUUUUACACUCACACAUGUUAAGCUGCAGCUCUGAGCCAAUCACUCAUCAGUAUCAAUCAAAGAAGAUUUGCAUUGAUUUGAUAAAUGCAAACAUUAUUUUUUAAAGAUCUGGAUUAAAAAAGGAUCAAAUGCCUAGCUCAAACUCUUUCCAAACUAUUUAUUGUGGAGGAUUUGGUCGAUACCUUUAAAGGCAGGGUUGGUAAUUUCCUCCAGAUCCACUUUUUUUAAGAUUCUGGUUGAAAUUGUCUUUAGGUCCUGACCGAAAUUAAUAACUCAUGUUCUCUGAAAAAGGAACAAAUACAAUCUGUCAUCUGUAACAGUUGUAAGCCUGGGGGGGUUUAGACGGAGCACUGAGGGAAUGCUACUUUAAAAAUCAUGCUAGUUUUCAAAAAUGACCAACCCUGCCUUUAAAGAUAUUUAGUGCUAAAAUCCGCCCUAUUGAUAAUUUUCAUGACGGUUUGGAUAUUUGAGCAUUGAUCGUCCUUUUUAAAAAAUGCAUUUCCUAAUGCAGAAAAGUUUCCAGGUCAAGGCUGAUUUAUACUUCUGUGUCUAAAUGUCUCUGCGAAGAGGUCGGACAAAAUGCUGCGUCAUCCUACUUAAUCAAUUUAUGUUUAUUUCAUGUACAGAAGGAACUUGAGCCCUUUUUGCAAUUUGAGUGAUUUUGCAACCGAGUCAUAUUGGUGUCCCACUCUGUGUAUUCACAGUGCCUUAUAGUGCUUUCACACUUGCAGAGAACUCCAGGAGUUUUUUUACUCGUGUUUAUUCAGCAGGAUAUAAUCAGGAGAAUUCACCUCGAGCCAGUGGGAGUAGACGUACUGUGAAGUAUGGCACUUAAUUAUUCUGCAGGAGCAGAAAUCAUCCACAGUCUGUGUUCUGUUUCCACAGGAAGAGACGGUCAUGAGUGCCUUUGUGACACAGAAGUAUAAAUCAGGUUCAAACUUAAAGUCUGUGACUCAUUUCAGUUCUUCUUUUCCCAAAGUGCCGAACUUCUGAAAUGUGUCCGAGCGGACUCUCCUUUGAGCCACGGUUAAAAAAAAAAAAAAAAAAA